UCUGACUUCAUACACACACACACACACACACACUCAUAUGCACACACACACACACACACACACACACUCGAACAGAGUGAGACAGUAAUGGCAUGAAGCAUUAACAGGAGCAGAAGCACCAUCCUGACCAAAGCGCUUGACACACACUUACGCACACUUGCAUACUGUCACACACACACACACACACACACACACUGAGUGAGGUCUGAACUUUGGUUUUGCGCGAGUGAGACGUGCCGGUGGUUCGGAGCGGAGCGCAGGAUCCCGGAGCGCAGGUGAGAGGUGCUUUACGCGCGGACGCGCUCUGGCCGCCUGUCGGACAUGGGAGCGGAUUUAUGAGGAGCUUUCUAUCCGGAGCUUUGGAUGGGAGUUGCUGUGUGUUUUUUUGCUCCUGUGCCGAAGUGAGCCAUGUUUCCUCCUUCUGCUCUCUGCUGCCUGGUUCUCCUGAUCGCCUCGGCGCCGCUGCGAGGGACCCACUCACAGCAAGUGUGCACUGGCACGCAGAACAAGCUGAGUACCCUGUCGGAUCUAGAGCAGCAGUACCGGACCCUGCGCAAGUACUAUGAGAACUGCGAGGUGGUGAUGGGCAACCUGGAGAUCACCAGCAUCGACCAUAGCCGCGAUCUGUCAUUUCUCAGGUCCAUCCGGGAAGUGACGGGUUACGUGCUGGUGGCUCUGAAUCAGUUCGACUAUCUGCCCCUUGAGAACCUUCGCAUCAUCCGUGGCACGCGACUCUACGAAGACCGCUACGCCCUCUCUAUCUUUCUCAACUACCGCAGAGACGGCCAUUUUGGAUUGCGUCAACUCGGCCUCAAGAACCUCACAGAAAUCCUGCACGGAGGUGUGUACGUUGACCAGAAUAAGUUGCUCUGCCAUGCCGACACCAUCCACUGGCAGGACAUCGUGAAGAACGCUCGGCCCGAUCACCUGGUGGUGCCAUCGAACAGCAGCAACUCUUGUCAGAGAUGCCACAGGGCCUGUAAUGGCCGCUGCUGGGGUCCUAAAGAAAGCCAGUGUCAGAGCUUGACUAAGACUGUGUGUGCUGAGCAGUGUGAUGGUCGUUGCUUUGGUCCAUACGUCAGUGAUUGCUGCCAUAAGGAAUGUGCAGGAGGCUGCUCAGGUCCCAAAAACACAGACUGCUUUGCCUGCACUAACUUUAAUGACAGCGGGGCAUGUGUGACACAGUGUCCUCAGCCCUUAGUCUACAACCCUACAAUCUUUCAAAUGGAACAAAAUGCUCAGGCCAAGUACACAUACGGGGCCUUCUGCGUCAAGAAGUGCCCACAUAACUUUGUGGUGGAUCACAACUCUUGUGUCCGGGCGUGUCCCAGCAACAAGAUGGAAGUGGAAAAAAACAAGACAAAAAUGUGCAUUCCCUGCACUGACAUAUGCCCCAAAGCAUGUGACGGAAUCGGGACAGCGAGUCUGCAGACGGCUCAGACAGUCGACUCCAGCAACAUCGACAGGUUUAUUAACUGCACUAAGAUCAAUGGCAACCUGGUGUUCUUCAUCACAGGAAUCAAAGGUGAUGUAUACCACAAUAUCGAGGCUCUGGACCCCGAGAAACUCAAUGUGUUCCGCACUGUUCGAGAGAUUACUGGUUUCCUGAACAUUCAGUCGUGGCCAGAAAACAUGACAGAUCUGAGUGUCUUUUCCAAUUUGGCAGUCAUCGGAGGUCGAUCGCUUUAUAGUGGAAUCUCUCUGUUGGUCCUCAAGCAGCAGUGGAUUUCGUCGCUGCAGAUGCAGUCUCUGCGUGAGAUCAGUGCCGGCAAUAUCUACAUCAGCAACAACAGCCAGCUGUGCUACUACAACACCAUCAACUGGACCAGCCUCUUCCGCAUCCCUUCUCAAAAAGCCCUGAUCCGCAACAACAGGGACCCCAAAGAGUGCAUUAUGGAGGGCAUGGUGUGUGACCCGCUGUGUUCGGACGCUGGCUGCUGGGGCCCGGGGCCUGAUCAGUGCCUGUCCUGCCGGUUCUUCAGCAGGGGCCGAAUGUGUGUCAAGUCCUGCAACCUGCACUAUGGGGAGGUGCGAGAGUUUGCGAAUGGCUUUGUGUGUGUGGAAUGUGACGCACAGUGUGAGAGAGCUGAAGAUGACGGUCUGACCUGCACCGGGCCGGGUCCUGAUCAUUGUGUGAAGUGUCUUCACUUUAAAGAUGGGCCUAACUGUGUGGAAAAAUGUCCCGAUGGACUCCAGGGAGCCAAUAGUUUUAUCUUUAAAUACGCAGAAACCAAUAAGGAAUGUCACCCCUGCCACAUCAACUGCACCCAGGGAUGCACUGGGCCCAGACUUCAGGACUGCAUUGGCAUGAUUGACAGGACUCCUCUGAUAGCAGCAGGUGUGAUUGGCGGCUUGUUCGUGGUGAUGAUCGUGGCUCUGGGUGUGUCCGUGACCCUGAGAAGGAAAAGCAUCAAAAAGAAACGAGCACUCAGGCGCUUUCUGGAGACGGAGCUGGUAGAGCCUCUGACUCCAAGUGGUGCUGCACCCAAUCAGGCCCAGCUUAGGAUCUUGAAGGAGACCGAGCUGAAGAGGGUGAAGAUCCUUGGUGCAGGAGCCUUUGGCACUGUCUACAAGGGAAUCUGGGUGCCUGAAGGAGAGACUGUGAAGAUCCCAGUGGCAAUUAAGAUCUUGAACGAGGCGACGGGACCCAAAGCCAAUGUGGAGUUCAUGGACGAGGCACUGAUCAUGGCCAGCAUGGAGCAUCCUCACCUGGUGCGUUUACUUGGGGUGUGUUUGAGUCCCACAAUCCAGCUGGUGACCCAGUUAAUGCCCCACGGAUGCCUACUGGACUACGUACAUGAGCACAAGGACAACAUCGGCUCCCAGCUGCUGCUCAACUGGUGUGUGCAGAUCGCCAAGGGCAUGAUGUAUCUGGAAGAGCGGAGGCUAGUGCACCGAGAUCUGGCAGCCAGGAACGUGCUGGUCAAAUCCCCCAACCACAUCAAGAUCACAGACUUCGGCUUGGCGCGGCUGUUGGACGCAGAUGAAAAGGAAUACAAUGCGGACGGGGGGAAGAUGCCUAUUAAAUGGAUGGCUUUGGAGUGUAUUCACUACAGGAAGUUCACUCACCAGAGCGAUGUCUGGAGCUACGGAGUGACAAUUUGGGAGCUUAUGACGUUCGGUGGAAAGCCGUACGACGGAAUUCCUACACGUGAGAUUCCUGACCUGCUGGAAAAAGGCGAACGACUCCCUCAGCCUCCCAUCUGCACCAUCGACGUCUACAUGGUCAUGGUGAAAUGCUGGAUGAUUGAUGCGGAUAGCAGGCCGAAGUUUAAGGAGCUGGCGGCAGAGUUCUGCAGAAUGGCCCGUGACCCCCAGCGCUACCUCGUCAUCCAGGGUGAUGACCGGAUGAAGCUACCCAGCCCCAAUGACAGUAAGUUUUUCCAGAGUCUGCUGGAUGAGGAGGAGCUUGAGGACCUGAUGGAUGCUGAGGAAUACCUGGUGCCUCACACCUUCAACAUCCCACCUCUUACCUACACCACUCGCUCACGCCUCGACUCCAACCGAAAUCAGUUUGCCUAUCAGGAUGGCGGCUUUGGUAUGGAGGCGAUGAUGGCCACUAUACCACGAGUGGUAGCGGUGUCUUCUGUAACCCCAUCCUGCUCCUCUCAAGAGCCUCAGCAGGGUGCAGCAGGAGUCACUGAAGACUUGCGUUGCAAUGGCACCUUGAGAAAACAAGCAUCUCCACGAGUCCGGCCUGGAGAGGAAAGCAGUGCUCAGCGAUACAGUACAGAGCCAACACUGCUGCUGAGUGAACGAGCAGGGAGAGCAGAUAAAGACCAGGAUGGAUACAUGACUACUAAGAAGGAGAAGAAACUCAUAGAUUAUCUCAACCCUGUCGAGGAGAACCCGUUUGUGACACGCCGUAGAAACGGAGAAGUUCAUAAUCUAGAACAGGGCCACCAUUCGAGCUCCAAUGGCCAACCUAAGAUGGAGGAUGAAUAUGUUAACGAUCCACUGUAUCUCAACACCUUCCACAACUCUGGAGAGAAGAAUUCAGAAACCCUGCGUAAGAAUGGAAUUCCUGUGGCUCAUACAACGGUGGCAUUGGGUAACCCUGGUAUGGCCAGUGGCCAAAAUGUGGCCCAAAAAAGUCAUCCAUCCCACAGUGCCCCGUCAGGGCAUGGCCACAUCCCGGCACAGACCAUUUACUCCACUCAGUCUGGUAUACCCACCCUUUCAGGCCACGCUCUCCAUCCUUCACUUUCGGGCCACACCCUCCAUGCAUCACAUACCCUCCACCCUGCUCACACUGGCACAGUUGUAGCGGACAAAAAACCCAAAAAGACCUUUGACAACCCUGAAUACUGGCAGCACAGUCUUCCACCCAAGGCAACACUACACGGGCAAGAGGUCUUGCAGGACUGCAGCACACGCUUCUUCUACAGGCAGAAUGGACGCAUUCGGCCUGCCGUAGCUGAAAACCAGGAGUACCUGACAGAGUACGCCCUGAAAACAGGCACCGUUCUUCCACCGCCACCCUACCGCCAGAGGAACACAGUGGUGUAACCCCAAGAGGGCAAAAGAAAGAAAGCGGAAACUAAAGGGAGAAUCAGAGGAAGGAGGCAUUUCACGUUUUCUUCUCGCCCUGGAUCUUACACCAGUACCAGUCCUCCUCCCUUCCCCUCCUCUCCUCCACUCCUGACUGUAUUUCAUGCUUAAUUAGCAUCCAGAUGGUGUUUCUCUAAACAAGACAGAUGAAAGACAACCAUGUCAGUCAAUCCUCCUCCUUGUUUUUCUCAUCACAAACACUUGCCACGGUGAUGUUGGCAACAUGGACUUUGUAUUCCCUUGGCAAGAGAUACACCUUUCCUCUGCAACGCCAGAUUGUCUACUUGCAUCAUGCUGAAAUUGGUCUGGAGACGCUAUUUAGGCCUGGUAGGCAAGUGAACAUUUACAAAUAGUUCUUUGACUACAAAUCUACUGCCACACUGUGGACAUUUUUAAUGAUACUGAAACUACAACAGCACCAAGCAGCAAACAAGUCGACCCUUUUGUGCAUUGCUACAACCCUAGUAAUUACUCCCUGAAUCCGUCAAAAACACAGUCGGGUGUUGGGAAAGGGUCAUCUUCAUCGUUCCAUUUAUUUCCCUAUAGUCACUGCCUUUCUUAAGUAAAUAAUUCAUCACCCUAAAUGUCCGAUGAACUAAUGACGGGACCAUAAAGUGCCAGUGCAAACCCUGUAUGUUUCAAGCACACAUACACAUUGGAAGGGAUGGCGUGAUACAGAGAAGAUCGUAUGGCUCCUGCAGAGUCUAUUGUUCAUAAAUGAAGAUGGGUUCAAUAGUCUGCUGCAGAUUUUUUUUUUUCUUUGUCCAUUCAGCCAGAAUUGAUUUUUCCCCCCAAUCACACAGCAGCAGUUGUCACACAACAAAGCACCAGUUGUGAUAAUGGACUGCACCCACAGAGGUAAUAAAAAACACUAUAUAGACUGCACAAAUCUUAAAUGCCUGAUAAUAAUGACUGAGGCAUAUCGAGAAUGGGCGAUACAAACCUCUUGGCCAAAACUGACCUUUUGUUGCUGGCUGGAACACUACAGUUUGAGAUAUGAGGGGUGAUAUUCCAUCAAACAAGGGACAGCGAGUGGUACACUGGGUCUUGCUGCCGAUAGGAAACGCUUGAGCUGGCACAAUUGAUAGUGAAGCAGAAGAGCAUCAGGAGGAACAUGUCACCAAAAAAAGUCCUUGUGCCAAAUAGAAAAAAAAAAACUAAUAUUCAACAACUGGGCCAGAGACUUAUGUUCUUGGUAUUGGUUUUCUCCCUUUGGACAUGUCUUCAGAAACAUGAAAAUACUAAAGUUGCACUUCCUGCAACUUUCUAGGUUUGUAUUAUAAGAUAUUAUGUUUCCCAUACCGUUGGAGAACAAAUUGAAAAAUGUCACACAGCCAGAGAGGUCAUGUUUGACCAAGUAUCCAAGGCCAGGAUGAUGUGUAGAUUUGAACACUGCCAGGCAUUAUGUUUGCUGCUAAUGGAGGGCCCCUGGCUUGUCUCCUUUGUAGGUUUUAAAAGCACUUAAUGGUCUGGCACUGUCAAAUAACGUCUCUUUCUCUCUUUCCGAACGCUAAGACUGCUAAAUAUUUGACUCAUCCAUUUGAUUCAUUUUGUUGUACUAGUAAAAAGAAAGCCAGCCAGCUUUGUGUGGGUUGUGCUUUGUAACUUGGCUACAAUUUUGUUUCAAUAUUAUAUAAAGGUUUUAAGAUCUGGUACCAAUGUUUUUUUACCCACAGAUUAACUACAGUUCAAGAGAAUUAGUUUUUUUUUUUUUCAGUUGGGUUUUAUUGACAUUUCUCUUAAGACCACUUUAGGCUUAACACACUGAUGAUGUAGCUGAAGCCGUUUUUUCAAUACGUUUUCAUUCUUUUUGUAUGUGUGUUUGUGUGUCAUUAAUUCUGGCUAGUCCCUAAAGUGGAACUGAGAUGGGCACUAAUUGCAUACUGUACCGUUUUUAAAUACAGUAUAUAUACUCUAUAAACAAAAGUAAUGGGACACCUGACUUUUCGUUUGCAGCAUUUGAUCGGUGCCCUUAUCCAGAGUAAAUAACAUUUAUCUAAUUCAUAAAACUGAGCAGGUAUGGGGUUAAGGGCCUUGCUCAGAGGAGUGGCAACUUGGGGUGGCUGGGAUUGGAACUCAUGACCUUCUGAUCCAAAGUCCAAUGCCUUAGGCACUAGGCUACCACCUACUUGUUUUCCAACCAUAUUAGUUCUUUUUUCUUUUCUUAAAUACAUCUUUAAGAUGUCUUUGGAUGCAGAAGCAUAACAUUUUCCCUUCACUUCAACUGGGAGUUCCAAAACUGUUCCAGCAAAAGCUCUGUGAAGGUAUGAUUUACUUGAGUUGGUGUGGAUUGAACACCUUUGAGAUAAAAUAGAGCUCUGACCUCACCCAAGGAUACUUUCCCACCUCUGCUACAUCAGUAUCUGACUUUACUACUGAGCACAAAUCUCCACAUCCACCCUCCAAAAGCUAAAAUCUUCCCAGAAGAGUGGAGAUUAUUAUUGUUGAAAAAGCACAUGGUCAGGUAUCCACAAACUUUUGUCUAUAAAGUGUAUAAUUCUUUUUUAAUUCACUAUUGUUUGCUUUAAAAAGUCAAAAAACAAACAAACACCAACUUGCUGUACUACAUAUCCCAAAGGUAUCUGAUUUAGGUCAAAAUAGAUUAUUUUUAAAUUAUUCUAUAACGAACAUCUAAAACAGAUAUAAAUAACUAGUGCAGGAUAAAUCUCAUAGUUGAAUCUGGUAUUUUUUUUAGCUCAUGUCAAUAGCUUAAUGUAAUGACCAUGGACCGUGCCAAGCUGAACCAAGGCCAGAUGACAACUCUAGUCAUGUGCAUAAUUACUGCUGGGGAACUGAACUGAGCUGGAAGGGGUUAAUCUUCUCAUACAUGGGAUGUGAUGGGAACAUCUAAGCUGGAUGAAGAUGCUACUUCUGAACAUGUUAAUGGUUUAUAGUUAAUCCAAUUUAAGGGAAAAUGUGAUCCAAGCAUAUAGAUGAUUAAAUAAUUAAAAAAGCUAAAAGUUUAAAGUUCAUUUACUUAUUAUUUAUAGUUAUAGGCAUAUAUUAAAGCUAGACACUUUUUUUCCCAUGUCACAUUUCACAAAUCACUGAAAUGCUUUGUACCAUGUAUUACAUUUACAGCAGCUAUAGAGGAGGGAGUCCUUGGAGUGUAUUGAUUUAGCAAACACUGGGACAUCUCCAAGAAUGUCUAGACCAAAACACUGAAGGAGAAACAAACUUCUAUAAUAACCUUAAAGCUAGGGGACUCAAAACUAAAACAUGUUUUGUGUGGCAGCCUGGGAAGACUGGUGACAUGGUUACAAAACUCAUUUCAAUGAACUCACGCCAUUCUAACUUUACUGAAAGACCCCCGUGUGUCUCUACAUUCCUAACUAUUUCUUCUUCUGGAGGCAGAGCAUUACUGCUUAAAAUAUGAAUAAUUUAAUUACCAGGAUCUUCAUUAGUAUCAGUCUUAUCACACGAUUCAGUAGUUUCUUUCUUCGGCAAGAAAUUGAGCAUAUUCCUUGUUCAUCAUUUCUUUAACUUGACAUUUAAACCUUUAUUGGCUGUUGUCUGUGCAGAGAGUGUGCACAAUUCUUUGGAUAAUGAUUUGGCAUUGUAGGUUUAGGAGCAUUGAAAACAAAUUCUAAUUGCCUAUUAAAUUAAUCAUGCUAAUGUCCAUUUUUAUAGAGUAUAAAAUUAUCCAACUUGAUCAAAGCAAUUUGCUAGCAAAAGGAUUCACCUUCAGCGAUCAAGAACUUGCUCUUAAAAAGUCAUUAUUAUUAGCUCACAAAAAAUAUCCUUACCUAGCAAGAAAUCCUGCUUAGCCGGCAAGAAAUGAAUCUUAGCUGCCAAGAAAUGGCAUUUAUAGCAUGUACAGCGACUUGGAAUUAUCUCAAUUAUUCACUAAACAGUUGGUGGUUAAAGGCCUUGCUCAAGAGCCCAGUGUGGUGGUUCUUAAAUUUGAACUCCUGACCUUCUGAUGAGAUUUUGUCUAACACUGAUAAAAAUGGACAAUGUCACAAACCACCUUAACAGGCAUCAGUCUCAGCUAACAAGAAGUUACUCUGAAAAAAACAAACAAACUCUGAACUAGCAAGAAAUCAACAUUAGCUAGCAAGAAAUUUGCCUUAACUAGCAAGAAAUCAUCUUAGCUAACAGAAAAUCAGACUAAACUAGCAAGACAUUAGUCCUAAAUAGCAAGACAUCACCUUAGCUAGCAGGAUUUUAGGCAAGAACCAAGAUCCAAACUAUAAUCACUUAUAAUUAUAAUAUUGUCCACAUUUAACUAUAAUUAUAUUACUUAUUAAUGCCAAAGUGUACAUCACUGGCAAACAACUGGUAGCUGGUAUUUCCUUGAAUUUUGCCACAGCUACUUUUACUUUAUAUUUAUCGCAUUUAUUAGACACUCUUAUCCAGAGCGACUUACAAUUACCUCAUUAGAGACAUCAGCAGUUGAGCUUUAAGGGCCUUGCGCAAAGGCCCAGCAAUAGCACCCUGGUGAUGCUGGGAUUUGAUCUUACAACCUUCCCAUCCAAACUCCAACAUCUUAACUCUGAUCUUGACCACUUUCAUGGCGGGUUCUCCCCUGCUGCCACACAUGUAAUGGAAGGAAAGGACACUCACAAACGUGAUUAUAAAUACGAAUAUCUCAAUAACCUCAUGUUUUUUUUUUUGCUUUGUUUUUUUAAUUAUGUGCAAGCAAACCUUUUGAAAUGUGACCCAUUUGUAAAUAUCUGGAGGUUUCCUGCUAAUGGGAGAUGAACAGAAUGUGAAGGGUUUUUUUUUCUUUUCUUGUUUUAUGCUUGAAGGUAACACCCCUAGGUACACUGCUUGUUAAUUACGGAGAACACUUCACUCACAAAAGUACAUAAUCAAAUUAUAUAAGCAGUUGGACAAGCAGAAAUCGAGAGAUUAAAUCAGGAGGUAUGAAAUCUAGUAAUAUUCAUAUAUUCAUUAAUGAAUAAUUAUUAUAAGUACUAUUUUAUACAGUGUCUGUCAAAAGUGAGGAAACAUCUAGUCUUUUAAGGUUUUUAAGAGACACAUGCAUAUUUAUUUUGUUUAUGAAACAAAAGGUCAUUUAUGGUAUGAAUAUUUCAUUUGACCAACUAAAUAUACUGUAUAAAUGUCCAGAUGUUGGACUUUGUUUACAUUGAAAAAUCUUUCCUCGACAUGCAUAACAUCUUUAAUGCUUUGUCGGCAUCCGGAGAGUUUGUUUCUCCAAACCUUUAGCUAAAAUAUUUUGCCAUGCUACUUUCUAGUGAUCCAAUUCAUCCUAGAGCACUUCAAUAGGAUUUAGGUGUGAGUGCUGGGCCAUUCCAUGAUAGAUAUCACCUCAGAUGACUCUUUGCUCUUUAAAUAAUGCUGACAGAACAUGAUCGCUUCGGUUCCAAUGAGCCCCAGGCCAGACAUAAUUGUAUGGUGUUGAAGUAUGGAAUGGGAGUCCUGUUGGUUUAGGAUUCCUUUCACUUUUUAAAAUAAAUCUCCAACUUUCCCUGCUCCAAAACAUCCCCAAACCAUUAAGCUUCCACCUCCAUGUUUGACUGUGGUGGUGAGGGCAGUCUGCUAACAUUUUUUCUUCUGUUGUCCAUCUUACACAAGUUCUUCUGUUAGAGACCAAAAUGUCAAAUAUGGCCUCAACAAAACUUUCUACCAGUCAUUCACUGUCCAAUUCUUGUGUAUGUUUUUGCCUUUUAGCGAGUUUAUUUCACAAAAAAAAGGAACAUGCAUGUGUUCGAAAAACCACAAAAGACCUGGUGUUUCGAACACUUUUGACAGGCGCGGUAUCUUGCAGCUAUAUUGAUAUUUUAAUAUGGGAAAUGUGAGAAGUAUAGGGUCUGUGUUUUGGGCAGUGGUUUAUCUUUUAAUGUCUUUCGCAUAUAUCUAGUCAUAUAUUUCUAUUACGUCUAAGUGACCGGAAAGUCCAGAGAAAGAAGGAAAGAAAGACAAAAGGCAGAGAAAGCACAGUUUACAUAUCCAUCAUCCGUUUUAUAUUCACCCAGUGAAGGGAAGGCAACAUCUUCCUUAUCUGCAAAAUAAUUACAAUAAUCAUAAAAAAAAAAAAAAAAAAAACACUUUACAAUGGUCGUUCCUCGUGAUUUUACUACUGUUAACCGAACAAAAAUGUGAAUAGUAUUUUUAUAGAUUGUUGAACUGGCCAGGUGAAUUUGUAAAUAGAUGGUACUCAUUCUCCUUUCGACUGUUCAGAUUUUAUUAUUAUUAUUAAUAUGAUGAUUUUUUUUUUUUUUAUCACUUGGUUUCCUUUAACCACAUUGCGUGUAUUUGUGGGGAAGGGGGUGGGGUUGGUUAUUUGAUUUAUAUAUAUAUAUAUAUAUAUAUAUAUAUAUGUAUAUACACACACUCACGUAUAUAUAUGUAAUUUGAGCAGCACUUAUUUUGUUCGUAGAGCUUGCAGGGAUUUUUUUCUUUGUAUUUUUUUAAUUUUAUUUUAAUUUUAUUAUCAUUAUUUUUUAAAUACCACCCUGAUGUGAUCCUUGUGUCUGUAUUUAGCCCAAGCUUGGUGGACCUUGUGUUCCUUAAUCUUUGAUCUUGCUCAAAGUGGAGUGGUAGGAUUUCCUUCGAUUUCCUUCGUUCUGUCAGAUAUAACCUCACUUGCAUCCUUAUUUUUAUCUUUUGUACAGAAUAGUGCUGUGAAGGAAGUCUGCAGCUUUCUUGCAAUACUGGAUAUUUCCCAUUUGGUGUGACUUUUCUUUAAAGCAUCAAGUUUUUACUUGAUUAAUAUUUAAAAUCGUUCCUCCAGUUAAGGCCAUAGUGAUCAAACUUUUUAGUGCAGAUUAAGUAUAAAAAAAAACAACAAAAACACAUACAAGACUCCAUGGAAGCCUCCAUAUGGUCAGUGUGAAUCGGAGAAGUUUGACCUAUACAGUAUGACUUUAAGACUCCCAUCCUGGACCACUUCUCCAUGUGAGUCAUGGCUCUGAUGCGGUCUCGUUAAUUGCCCUCCUAAUGGUGUUUCUCCGUGAGAUUAAUCUGUCGUUAUGUAUUAUCCACUUUGACAAAUUGAAUAAUUGAUCGGACGGCUCAUUUUGCCGCCCCGUGCUUUGACUGAUGGCUUGUCAGAGCAAAUUCUCGUCUUUUUUGUUUUUUUUCUUUAAUUUUUUUUCUUUCUUGUUGAGACGAGAGGCACUACAGAGCGCAGUAGGAGGUUGGGUUCCUGCUGACUCCAUGCUCUUCACAGAUCCCCCUUUCCACUGAAAAAAAAAGUUUUGUUACAUGAACCUGUCAAAAGUAUAUUUUUAAUUUAAUAUAAAUAAAUACCAAUACAGUA